UCCAUCUCCUCCUCCCCUCUUCACACGUGCGGCCCUCGCCCUCAGGCUCCUUCCCGUGUCUCUCUUCCUCCUCCUCCUCCUCGCAGGGGCGGCGGGCGGCGACCCCUCUUCCCGAGGCCAUGGCGGCGGCGAAGGAGGCGCCGUGGCGGCGGCUGACGGGCCUGUCGUUCGGGAUGUACACGGAGGAGGAGAUACGGAAUCUGAGUGUAAAAUCUAUAACCAACCCACUUUUUCUGGAUAAUGCGGGUACUCCAUCACCAAAUGGACUGUACGAUUUGUCUUUGGGGCCAACUGACAACAAAGAAGUGUGUGCUACUUGCACACAGGACUUCAACAACUGCCCAGGUCAUCUGGGUCACAUAGAACUGCCCCUCACUGUCUACAAUCCUCUCUUUUUUGAUAAAUUAUUCCUUUUGAUACGAGGUUCCUGCUUGAGCUGUGGCCACCUGACGUGUCCACGGGCUGUGAUUCAUUUACUGCUUAACCAGCUGAAGCUUCUGGAAGUGGGGUUGCUUCAAGCAGCCCAUGAUCUUGAGGCCGUCCUAAGCAAGUUUUUAGAUGACAAUGCAGACGCACCAGGUGCAGAUGUGGAAGAAGUGCUGAGUUUGCACACAAAGGAAUUGCUCCAAAAUAACCAAUUCAGAGAACAUGGUGCACAUGUAAAAAAUGUAUGCGAGUAUAGAAGUAAACUUAUCUCCCAGUUUUGGAAAUCACACAUGGGCUCAAAGAGAUGUCCAAACUGCAAAGCGGGAAGAUCACUUGUCCGAAAAGAGCACAAUAGCAAGCUCACUGUGACUUACCCUACCACGGUAAUCAAGUCAGGCAAACAGGUGGUUGUGGAGGAAGCAGCAACCAUAGAUGAAACCCAGCUGGGAAAACGUGGCUAUAUGACACCUGCUAUUGCCAAAAAACAUGUUGAAGCCUUGUGGAAGAAUGAAGGUUUUUUCCUUUGCAAGCUUCUCUCUGGCAUGACAGCCAUUGGCGAUUCAAGUUUCAAUCCUGAUAUGUUCUUCCUCGAUAAAAUUGUUGUUCCACCUUCCAGAUAUCGUCCCGUGAAUCGCAUUGCAGACCAGAUGUUUGCAAAUGGUCAGACCGUGAACUUGCAAGCUGUGAUGAAGGAUGCUCUUCUGACUCGGAAACUGCUGGCUUUCAUAGCUCAGGAACAAUGUCAGUCAAUGCAAAUUGAAGAAGGAGACCUGAAGACGAUAAACACAGAUAAACAGCCUGUGGAGCUCCUGGACCGUUCUGUCUUGGUGACGAUCCCAGGGCAGACUACUGCAGAUAAGCUUUACAACAUUUGGAUUCGUCUUCAGAGCCAUGUAAAUAUUGUGUUCGACAGUGACAUGGAUAAGUUAAUGUCUGAAAAGUACCCUGGUGUACGUCAGUUUCUGGAGAAAAAGGAUGGCCUGUUCCGCAAGCAUAUGAUGGGAAAGCGAGUGGAUUAUGCAGCUCGGUCAGUCAUUUGCCCUGACAUGUACAUUCGGACCAAUGAAAUUGGCAUUCCUAUGGUGUUUGCUACCAAGCUGACUUAUCCUCAGCCUGUAACUCCCUGGAAUGUCCAAGAAUUGAGGCAGGCGGUCAUCAAUGGUCCCAAUGAGCACCCAGGUGCUUCCAUGGUUAUCAACGAAGAUGGGUCUCGCACGAUACUGAGCACAGCCAGUCAGACCCAGAGGGAAGCCAUAGCCAAGCAACUUCUGACUCCUUCCACAGGGGCACCGAAACCAGGGAUAAAAAUUGUGUGCCGCCAUAUUAAAAACGGAGAUGUCCUUUUGCUGAAUCGGCAGCCUACCCUUCACAGACCCUCCAUCCAAGCUCAUCGAGCCAGGAUCCUGCCCGAAGAGAAGGUCCUGAGGCUUCACUAUGCCAACUGCAAAGCCUACAACGCUGAUUUUGACGGCGACGAAAUGAACGCCCACUUCCCUCAGAACGAACUGGGCAGAGCUGAGGCCUACGUCCUGGCGUGUACUGACGAACAGUAUCUUGUCCCCAAGGAUGGGCAGCCGCUGGCAGGUUUGAUCCAAGAUCACAUGAUCUCUGGUACCAGUAUGACCACACGGGGCUGCUUCUUCACUAGAGAACAGUAUGUGGAACUUGUGUAUCAAGGGCUGGUAGACAAAAAAGGAAUGGUGAAGCUUCUCCCUCCGGCCAUUAUAAAGCCGCAACACUUGUGGACAGGGAAGCAGGUUGUUUCUACAUUGUUAAUAAAUGUAAUUCCAGAGGAUCACAUUCCACUGAACUUGCUUGGGAAAGCCAAGAUUGAUGGGAAAGCCUGGGUGACAGGCUCUGCCAGUAGAAUUCAUGGAUCGGGUCUUGCCUUUAUGUGCGAAUCGCAGGUUGUCAUCAGAAAUGGAGAGCUACUCUGUGGGGUGUUGGAUAAAGCUCAUUAUGGUAGCUCUGCCUAUGGGCUAGUCCACUGCUGCCAUGAGGUCUACGGUGGUGAGACUGGUGGAAAGGUGCUCACAGCUCUGGCUCGGCUCUUCACUGCCUACCUGCAGUUCUACAGAGGUUUUACAAUGGGAGUUGAAGAUAUCUUGGUCAAACACCGGGCAGACCACAAGAGGCGCAGGAUCAUUAAAGAAAGCACCCGGUGUGGUACAAAGGCUGUUCAAGCUGCGUUUAACUUGCCUCAAACCUCAUUGGAUGAGGAGGUCCGAGGGAAGUGGCAAGACGCCCAUCUUCACAAAGACCAGAGAGAUUUUAACAUGGUCGAUCUGAAAUUCAAAGAGGAAGUCAACCAUUACAGCAAUGAGAUUAACAAGGUGUGCAUGCCUCUUGGACUUCACCGGCGUUUCCCAGAGAAUAACUUGCAGCUGAUGGUGCAGUCAGGAGCCAAAGGUUCUACUGUGAAUACUAUGCAGAUUUCUUGCUUGCUGGGCCAGAUUGAGUUGGAAGGUCGAAGGCCUCCCUUGAUGCCAUCCGGCAAAUCGUUGCCAUGUUUCCAACCUUAUGACUUUCCCCCCAGGUCAGGGGGGUUUGUGGCUGGCAGAUUCCUCACUGGCAUUAAACCGCCCGAGUACUUCUUCCAUUGUAUGGCUGGUAGGGAGGGUCUAGUGGACACAGCUGUCAAAACCAGUCGGUCUGGAUACCUUCAAAGGUGUAUCAUAAAACAUUUGGAAGGGCUGAUAGUUCACUAUGACCUGACUGUGCGAGACAGCGAUGGCAGCCUAGUCCAGUUUCUCUAUGGAGAAGAUGGCCUAGACAUCCCCAAGACACAGUUCUUGCAUUCAAAGCAGUUCCCUUUCAUCACGGAUAACCACAAGGUGAUAGAGAAAUCAAAGCAUUUGGAUGAAGUGUUGCCGAAAAUGGACCCCCAGCAAGCAAACAGCCAGUUCAGAUCCAUCAAGAGAUGGCAGAGCAAGCAUCAGCAGUCUUUGAGGAGGGAAGGAGGCUUUUUGCUGUUUUCUCAGGAAAUGUUGGCUAGUGUAAAAGCACAGAUCCCUGCAGGAGAACUUGUGAAUGGGCGAGAUCCUGCAACUCUGCAGUUGUUAAAGAUGUGGUAUGAAUUGAGCGAGAAGAAGCGGAGGAAGUAUCAAAAGAAGGCAGCGAAGUGUCCUGAUCCUAGCCUUGCUGUCUGGCGGCCAGACAUCCAUUUUGCAUCGGUAUCGGAAACAUUUGAAAGAGAAGUUGAGAAUUUCCUCAGAGAGUGGGACGCUCAGAACAACACAAGCUACAGCAAAUCUGAACUUUCUUCUCAGAGGUUAAAAGACCUUCUGCAUUUGAAGUGGCAGCAAUCGCUCUGUGACCCAGGAGAAGCUGUUGGUCUCCUUGCUGCUCAGAGUAUUGGAGAGCCCUCCACGCAGAUGACUCUGAACACCUUUCACUUUGCUGGAAGAGGCGAAAUGAAUGUCACACUCGGUAUCCCGAGGUUGCGGGAGAUCCUGAUGGUGGCUACUGCUAAUAUUAAAACCCCGAUGAUGAGUGUUCCUGUACUUAAUACCAAUAAAGCUCACAAGAAGGUGAAGAGGCUGAAGAAGCAGCUUACCAGAGUAUGCUUAGGCGAGGUUUUGCAAAAAUUUGAUAUUGAGGAGUCUUUGUGUUUGGAGGGGAUGGUAAGCAAGCACCGUAUCUACACCAUCAAAUUUACUUUCUUACCAUAUGAAUGCUACCAGGAAGAGAAAUGUGUGAAGCCCAGGGACAUAUUGCAUUUUAUGGAGUCGAGAUUCUUUAAAAUUUUACUUGAAACAAUUAAGAGGAAGAGUUCUAAGUUGGCAUCUUACAAUACUGUGAGCACUCGAAGAGCAAUGCAGAGGGACUUAGAAGGUGAUGGGGAAGAUGGCGUAUCCCAAGAAAACCAGGGUGACGAUGAGGCUGCAGGUGAGGAAGGAGGAGGUGGAGGUGCUCCUGAUGCUGAAACAGGUGAAGGGGAUGAUGAUGCUACAGAUGCAAAAAGAAGAGCAAAGCAGGAGGAGGAGGUUGAUUAUGAGAGUGAUGAGGACAACGAGGUGGAUGAUGAUGAUAUUCCGGAUGAGGAAGAGACACCAGGGUUAGAUGAGAGGAGCCCAGAGGGAACGGAAUCUCAGGAUGAGCAUUAUGCGCCUUCCUCUAGUCAACAAAUUCGAAAUAAGAGGAAGAACUUGGAUGAAUUAGCACAGCAGAGAAUUAAUGCUGUGCAGGAGAGCAGCGAUUCCAUAGAGAGUUAUGCCUACGACAUAAAAAAUGAACUGUGGUGUAAGGUCUCACUGAAACUUCCUUUAACGAAGCAGUACUUUGACCUUGCCUCACUUGUGACAACUCUGGCAAACAACACUGUUGUCCAGGAGACGAAAGGGAUCACACGGUGUCUCUUAAACGAAACCAGCAAUAAGAAAGGAGAGAUGGUGCUCACUUUGCAAACCGAAGGGAUAAACCUCCCUGAGCUUUUCCGAUAUGCUGACAUUUUUGAUGUGAACCGGCUUUAUUGCAAUGAUAUUCACGCGAUGGCCAAUACCUAUGGCAUUGAGGCUGCCUUGAAAGUCCUUGAGAAAGAGAUUAAAGAUGUGUUUGCUGCAUAUGGGAUUGUGGUUGAUCCUCGGCAUCUCUCUCUGGUGUCGGACUACAUGUGCUUCGAAGGCGUUUACAAGCCACUCAAUCGGUUUGGGAUACAGUCCAAUUCGUCCCCCUUGCAGCAAAUGACAUUUGAGACGAGCUACAAGUUUCUGAAGGAAGCCACAAUGCAGGGCUCCCACGAUGAACUUCAGUCUCCUUCUGCUUGCCUCGUGGUAGGAAAAGUUGUCAAAGGAGGAACAGGCUUGUUUGAUCUGAAACAGCCUCUAAAAUAGUGCGCCUGCUUUUGCUUAACUUAAAGACUAUUAAACUUUUUUUUUCUAGAAAGAAACAUGCUGCUAUUUUUCUUUGUUUGAUUUUGGGGGUUUUCCAGCUGUCAUUGAAUGUAAAUACUACUGUUGACCUUAUUGAGUUGAUAACUACUUGUGCCUUCCGAUCUUCAGGAAUUAUAUUUAAUAAUAAUAAAGGUCUUGUGCUAUUCCCUCA